CGCGACCCCUCGUGAAAGUCCGAGACUCCCGAGUUGGCCACCUCAGCAUUUGUGAAAUCGGUGCUGACCAGCUCCGCCGUCAUCUCGUCCGCCAUGGGGAUGGCCACCAUAUCUGGGCCAAUCGGUGCGCUCAUCUGUGGCCUCGUCGGCCUCUGUAUCUUGAGAACGAUCACGGCAUAUGCGAAACUCAGCCACUUUAAAGGUCCCAAGUGGACCGGGAUCUCGAAUUGGCCUCAUAGCAUGGCGAUGCUCGGGGGCCGUUGCCACGAGUGGUACGCAGCAGUUAGCAAGGAAUAUGGCCCCAUCGCUCGUGUGGCACCUCGAGUGUUGAUCACCUCAUCUCCCGAAGUUUGGACGCACGUUAACAACAAGUCCGGCUACAAGCGCUCCGACUGGUACUACAAUGCCACCCGAAUCGAGUACCGCAGGGACAACGUCUUUAGUCAAACAGAUAAUGCAAAGCACGAGAAACGCAGGAAGCAGAUGGCCCCUGGCUACUCCGGACGGGAGAACCUCCACCUCGAAGCAUCAGUCGACGAGCGCCUCCUGGAUUUCCUGCGCCUGAUUGGCUCCAAAUAUAUCUCAUCGGAUCGAUCAGUCGUACCAAUGGAUCUCGCCAAGAAGGUUCAAUACUUCACGCUUGAUGUCAUUAGCAGCGUCGGGCUCGGCAAGACCUUUGGAAUGCUGCAGAGCGACCGCGACGUAGACGACUACAUCCAGUCCGGCGAGGAUGGACUCGCCAUUGGCAAUAGCGCCCUGGCCAUGGGGUUCAGCUGGCUUGCGCAAGCACCGAUCAUUGGCAAAUUUAUCGCACCCUCGCCCAGCGACACCAACGGCUUUGGCAAAAUGAUGGCCGCGUGCUUCCGCGCCGUGGAUGAGCGCGCCGCAGCCCCUUCUGAUAAACGCUCCGACAUGCUUGCCUCGUUCAUGCGCCACGGCCUCGCAGGCGAUGAGCUGCGCUCAGAAGCGCUCGAGCAGAUCAUCGCGGGCUCUGACACCACGGCUGGCGCAAUCCGCGGUACUCUUCUGCACCUGAUGACGAAUAUCCGCGUGUACCGGAAACUGCAGCGCGAGGUCGACGAAGCCGUGGCCCUUGGUCAAGCUCCACGCACUAUUGAAGAAGGUCUUAUUUCUGCCGCGCAAGCGAGACAGCUCCCGUAUCUGCAAGCCGUAAUCCGCGAGGCGAUGCGGAUCUGGCCACCCGUAACAAACAUUUUCUCGCGAGACGUCCCGGCUGGCGGCGACACUGUGACUGUCAACGGCGAGAGCAUCUUCUUACCGGGCGGCGUCUGCAUUGGUUACUCGGCUUACGCUAUGCACCGAAGCGAGACCAUCUACGGCCAAGACGCAGACGCUUUUCGGCCGGAGAGGUGGCUUGAGGCGGAUGUGGACAAGUUGGCUGCCAUGAUUCGAACAAACGACCUUCAUUUUGGCUACGGCAAGUUUCAGUGUUUGGGAAAGCCGGUGGCGCAGAUUGAAAUUGGCAAGACCAUAUUCGAGCUCGUGCGGAACUUUGACCUGGCGCUUCUCAACCCAACGCGACCCUGGGACGCACGAAACUACCUUGGGAUCUUUGCCAUUUCAGAUAUGUGGGUGCAGGUAACGCAGCGAGCUCCUGCGCAAGUUGGUCCCGGAAAAUAAGAAUCCCCCGGCCAUUAGGUAUAUCAAAUUAUCACUUGAUGCGCAGCAUUUCGCUGGGACCUGUUUCUGAGGGUGCACAAAGGAUAGGAGUCUCCACGUAUUUAAUUAUCCUCAUCCCAACAAUAUCUACGCUUGACGAAUGCUGGUGGGAAUGGCAAUCCAAAGCGCGGUGUGUGGCAGGAACAUUGUGCCCGAAGACAGCCCUACAACGGCAUCCCAAAUUGCACCGACUCGACGACGUAACGGGGUGAUGAGAAAAUAUACUAGAUGUAUUCGUAUUCCCUGAGUUCAGUCCACAUUCCAGCAUAAAAACCCCUCGAAAGCCAGUGGAAGAAGACUGUGAAACCAUGAAUCUGCCACAGGACAACAUGAUUGAUCGAGCCCGAGAGUGCUAGCUGAUUCGUUGCUGUUUCCCAACCGAGAAUAGGAUUGGAUGAGGCUAUGGUAUGCAGGUGAUCUGAGCCUAAUUGAAGCUAAGACAAUGUUAUCAAGACAGACCCCAAACUCGGCAAUCCCUGUCCGUAGAAAUAUCAUCGAAAAAGCGGAAUCCUUUCAUAUCAUACCUCAAAUAUGCUCCUUCAACUCCUUUUCCAGCUCUUUCUCCUGGCCCCUUCGCUCCAAAUCCUCAGCCACACCACCAACAUCCCCGGUAGGCAUUCUUUUUGCCAUGUCCACGACCUCCCAAACACUCCCCGCAUCCCGAAACACGGCCGACAACCCCUCGAGACUCCUCCCCAUAGUCUCCGGGUAAAACAAAUAAACCGUGACAGGAAUACACGCCGAAAUCACCGCAUAUAGGAUAUAAUACCGCCAUCCAAUUGUAUCCAGUGCCACGGGAGUAACCAUUACGACGAUAAAGUUCCACAGCCAUUUGUUGGCCGUGGAAGCGGCGGACAUGGCAACGCGAAGUUGUGUUGGCGCAACCUCUGUGCAGUAGAGAAAGUUGGCACCGGAGAAGCCAAUUGGGUAGAAGAGGUUGAAGAGCCAGAUGAAGACGACGGAAGCGUAGGAGAGGCUUUUGUGGUCGCCUUUGGUGUUGAGGGCGGUU